AAGGAUGGCUGGUGCAAUGCCUACGAUCAUUACAGUGUUGUUGAAUGCCAGGGAGGGAAUAAUGGUGUGGUGUGUACACUCUAGUACUGAUCUCUAAGGGGACACGGGGAACAACAUAGAACAGACAGAGGGAGGGGGAGAGAGUGAAUGAUGCAGACAGGCUGCUGAUCAGACCGGUUGCUCAAUUUUCCUCCAACAUCAUCAUGGCAAAUUAAAGAAUAUCUACUGCACGGUGCUGUGCUUGAAUUACCGUGUCGGAUCAAACAGUGGCGAAUUAUAUUAAUGAGUCAAUCGAUUAAUUAUUGAAUUAAGGAUUGCUCGUCUUCUUUACGUCAUUUUAAUCAGCGAAGUGUGUUGAGAGCGGGGUAGCAUUGCGUUCUAGCGACCAGACAGGUGUUGCCAUAAGGGUAUUCUAUUCUUGGUGCUACGUGAAACUGACAAGGAGGGGGACCUGUGAUCGCAAGCUCUGUUGCCUAUUGCACCUACCUGGGGCUGAACAAUGCAGGUGUCUCCUCUUAUCAACGAAGCACCAUUGUCUUAACAUCGAAAUAUUACAAGCCAACUUUACUGAUCCAACGAUGAAGGAGACCGGGGACUCCAAAGACCAACAGCUCACUGUGGCCCUGCGAAUCCGGCCCUUGAGUGAGAUGGAGAAAGAAGAAUCGGCCUCUAUAGUGGCUCACAAGGUGGACAACCAGAUGGUUGUUCUCAUGGACCCUAUGGAGGACCCUGAUGACAUCUUGCGUGCAAACCGCUCCCGGGAGAAAUCCUACCUCUUCGACGUGGCGUUCGAUUACACAGCCACGCAGGAGGAUGUUUACAGAGCAACCACCAAAGGGUUAAUUGAGGGGCUCAUCUCAGGGUACAACGCCACCGUCUUUGCCUAUGGACCCACAGGCUGUGGGAAGACGUACACCAUGCUGGGGACGGACCGGGAGCCAGGGAUCUAUGUGCAAACCCUCAACGACCUGUUCAAGGCCAUCGAGGAGACCAGCGAUGACAUGCAGUACAGUGUCUCCAUGUCCUACCUCGAGAUCUACAACGAGAUGAUCCGAGACUUGCUGAACCCUUCGGCUGAGUUCCUGGACCUGCGGGAGGAUUCGAAAGGAGUCAUCCAGGUGGCCGGGAUCACUGAGGUUUCCACUAUUAACGCCGAGGAGAUCAUGCAGCUCCUGAUGAAAGGGAACAAGCAGCGCACACAGGAGCCGACGGCAGCCAAUCAGACGUCAUCUCGCUCGCACGCGGUGCUGCAGGUGGCGGUGAGGCAGCAGAGCCGCUGUCGGGACAUCCUGCAGGAGGUGCGAUUCGGGAGGCUCUUCAUGAUCGACCUGGCCGGCUCCGAGCGGGCCUCACAGACUCAGAACCGCGGUCAGAGGCUGAAGGAAGGCGCUCACAUCAACCGCUCUCUGCUGGCGCUGGGGAACUGCAUCAACGCGUUAAGUGAGAAGGGUGGCAACAAGUAUGUCAACUACAGGGACAGCAAACUCACACGCCUGCUCAAGGAUUCUCUGGGUGGGAACAGCCGCACAGUGAUGAUCGCCCACAUUAGCCCCGCCUCCACCGCCUUCGAGGAAUCACGGAACACGCUGGCGUACGCCGACCGCGCCAAGAGCAUCCGGACACGGGUGAAGAGGAACCUGCUGAAUGUGUCCUAUCACAUCGCCCAGUACACACACAUCAUCUCAGACCUGCGCAGCGAGAUCCAGCGACUCAAGAAGAAGAUCGAUGAACAGGACAGCCGACAGGUCAACGAGGGGGCCGACAUCCGCAAUGUGCAAGCGGAGGUGCAGGCCCACUCCACUAAGCAGGACCGGCGAGAGAUGGAGAGGCUCCGUGGGCAGCUCAUCGAUGCCUUCCGCCAGCAGAUGGAGGUCCGGAAGAGCCUGAUGGAGCUGGAGAACAACAACAUGGAGAUUCAGAUCGACACCUCCAAGCACCUGCUCACCAUCGCAGACUGGGAGCAGGAGAGGUCGCGGCGGGCCCGGAAGUGGCGAGCGGAGCAGCGCAAGGAGAGCUCCAGCAAGGAGGAGAGCGAGAAGGAUUCGGACACCCCAGAGGAGCCAUUCACUGGCAUGGAGACGCACGAGGUUGCCAUGGCGAGGGAAAACCUGGCCGCCCUCAUGUCCGCGAAGAAGAAGGUCCGCAAGCAGAAGGUGGAGCUGGAGAAGCGGUUCCAGGAGAUCCGGGUGCGUGCACGGCAGCUGGAGGAGAUGCUGCCGCAGCGGGUGAGCUCGGAGGAGCAGCGUGAGGUGUUGGGGCUGCUGUGCAAGGUGCACGAGCUGGAGAUAGAGAACGCAGAGAUGCAGUCCCAUGCGCUGCUCAAGGACAACGUCAUCCGGCAGAAGAACUACAUGGUGCAGCGCUUUGAGCAGCACCGCAGCCUGUGCGACGAGAUCAUCCAGCAGCAGAGGCAGUUCAUUGAUGAUCACAACCUGCUGGUGCCUCCCCAGUUGCAGGAGCUGUAUGAGCUGUACCUGAGGGAGCUGGAGGAGAGGAACCUGGACCGGGUCAUCGCUCUGGACAAGUUCACCAUCCGCUCACUCAAGGACAUCUCCCUGCCCAAGAUCCACCUGCCUGGGAUGGGCCGGCACUCUGUUCAGGAUGUGGACUCGGACCAGGAGAGCGUGCGCACCAUGGGCUCGGAGACCAGGAGCAUCCGUGGGAAAGCGCGCCGGCACACCUUGCCUCCCAUCAUCACUGAGCCGGAGAGCGACAAUAACCGGGUGUUCAAGACCAGCCCCCACGCAAGACGGCUCAAGCACUCUGCGGUCAUGACUCCUCCCCCCAUACACGUCAACGGAAUGGUGAACCAGGAGUAUGCAGCCCAUGGCAACGUGAUGAGCUUCAGCAAUUUCAGCCACAGCGUCAGCAGCCACCUGAACUCACCGAGCAGCAGUGACAACUUCACUGAAACACACCUGACUCGCAAGGAGCGGAAGCAAAUCAUGACGGGAGUAAAGAGCAUUGCAGUGAAGGCGGCCCGCCGGCGCUCCAAGGUGCUGGAGGGAGACCCCCUGAGGCUGCUCCCCGCUGCGGACCCCUCCAAAGAGAAGAGCAGCAUGUCCCUGCAUUCGCUGGAGGAGAGCGAGGACCCCCCAGGCCCACUGCGAGGCUUGGUCCCUGGGUUUGACAGACUCCCCAGCCCUGGGAUGCAGCACGCAGCCAGCGAAGACAACCUGUCCAGCAGUACCACAGAUGGGGCGGGGCGUACACACACCUGGACACGCCCACACCCACGCAAGGGCGGAGCCAAGAAGGCAGUACAGAGGGACCCAGAUAUCGAGGCCAGGAGACGGAAGAGGAGAUCCAGAUCAUUUGAGGUCUCCGGGCAAGCGCUCCCGAACUCCAAGAGCACGGCCCCCCGAUUCCGUCCGCUGGACAGCACCUCGGACCCCCGCAUCCACAUCAACGGGCAGCCUGUCCCCCUGCCGCGGCCCCAGGGCAGAGGGCUGCUCCCACUCUCUCGGGUCAGACUGCCCCAGCAGGGCUACCACCCAGGGCCAGCCACGGCAGCCUCUGAUUCCUCCUCCUCCAGCUUCCCCCUGAACCGACCCAGGAACCUGAAACGAGAGCCCCCUUCGAAACAGAGGCAGCCCCCCCUCUACAUCACCGCCACGGGAGGCAAGGAGCCACGAGCUCGCAAACACUGAACUGGGAGCACAGACUGGCAUCCUGUGGCCCCCACAAUGCAGGUUGAUUGCUAUACAAACAAUCACCUAGACAACUGGACACUGCUGGUUAAUCUGUUUGCUAGAGUCUAGUGCAUGGAAUCUAUUGAGACACGUGCAGCAUUUACAAGGAAAUAGAUAUCGGCACAUAUAACAGAAACACUUAACCCAUAUAUACAUUAUAUGUUUAAUCACUUUGCACUGUUUUAGUAGCUGUAGGUACCUCAGUACAGUAUAACAUGCCACUCUAUCACAAGCAAUAGGGUCCAGCUUAGUUUAGAGUCAGUACUGUAUUCUGAAGUCCCCGCACCUUCUGGUCACUUUUGGACUGGGGGACACAAAGGGGAGAGGGAUACUUGUAGUUGCUCCACUAUUACCAGCCGGGGGAGUGGUGGUCAUGAGAGGUUUUCAAACUUCAACUAGGAAACUUAAAAAAAAAAAAAAAAAAAAGACUAUUGUUUGAGCUUCUAAAGUU